GAUGCCCGUUGGUUUUAGGUUUGGACGACAUAAGCGACACGAAAUAUGAGCGGUUUCAAUGUGAAAAACCGCUCGCCGAUGGGCGACUUCUGAUUGCCCAACUUAGUCAACCAUAGGAUGGUCCUAUCCACGCUAAGAUGUGGCCACGCCAUCGCCCGUUACCAGUAAAAUCAUCAAAUGAUGGAAGUAUAGAGGCUUAAACGGUUCCGUGGCAUAUCCGAAGCAGGUCUCGGAAAUGGAUGAGAUGGGUGUCACCCGCUCGACGGCACAUCAACUUGGACGGUGACAGAUGUUAAUAAGACUUCGCUGGGUGGACUUGCAUUGCCGUCGCAGCCAUGGAACAACCGGUUUUGUUUCUCCUUUUCUCCGCCCUCUUCCUAUUCAGAUUGUUUGAAGCGUUUGGGCAAGAUUUUUCUACGCCACCACGAGGUUGGAAUUCUUAUGAUUCCUUUUCUUGGAUUAUUGAUGAAGAAGCAUUCCUUGACAAUGCACAGGUUGUGUCCAGCAGGCUGCUUUCUUCUGGAUAUGAGUAUGUUGUCAUAGACUAUUUGUGGUAUCGGAAGAAUGUUAAGGGAUCGUCAUCAGAUUCUUAUGGCUAUGAUAACAUUGAUGAGUGGGGACGAUUAGUUCCUGAUCCUGAAAGGUGGCCAUCAUCUAGGAAUGGAAAAGGGUUUAAGGAAGUUGCCCAAAAGGUGCAUGACAUGGGUUUAAAGUUUGGGAUUCAUCUAAUGAGAGGAAUAAGUCUAGAAGCAGUUAAUGCCAACACAAAAAUCUUGGAUGUUGCCACGGGACUUCCUUACAAGGAAUACGGUAGAACAUGGCUGGCAGGAGACAUAGGACUGCGGGAUAUGCCUUGUGGAUGGAUGAAGAAUGGAUUUCUGAGUGUUAAUACAGAUUUAGGAGCUGGAAGAGCUUUCUUGAAAUCUCUAUAUCAGCAAUAUGCUGAUUGGGAUGUUGAUCUUGUAAAGCUUGAUUGCGUAUUUGGUGACGAUUUUGACAAGAAACAGAUAAUUACAGUUUCAGAGAUUUUGGAAGGCCUUGGGCGCCCUAUCCUAUUAUCUCUCUCUCCUGGUACAAGCGUGACCCCAUCAAUGGGAGCGGCCAUUAGUGAUUACGUUGAUAUGUACAGAAUAACUGGUGAUAGUUGGGAUAAUUGGAAUGACAUUGUUGCUCAUUUUAAUGUUGCAAGCAGGGAUUUUGCCGCUGCCAAACAAAUUGGCGCUAAUGGUUUGCAUGGAAAGUCUUGGCCAGACUUGGACAUGCUACCACUUGGGUGGCUUACUGAUCCAGGUGUUAAGCAGGGUCCUCACAGAAAGUGUCGAGUUACCCUUGAUGAGCAAAAAACUCUGUUGACUCUUUGGUCGAUGGCUAAAUCUCCUCUCAUGUUUGGUGGAGAUUUGAGGCAAAUUGACGACAUAACAUUCAAUCUUAUAACAAAUCCUACUUUACUGGAGAUUGAUUCUUACAGUCAGAAUAAUAUGGAGUUUCCUUAUAUUUUCACAGAUGAAAGUACAAGUCAAGUAUACCAUGCUGCUAGCAAGAGCUCUGUGAAACAAUUGCUGAUCAUCAAUGAACCUGCAAAAUACGUUCUUGGUUUAACCAGAUGUAAUAGUGAAAAGGCAAAAGGUUGGUCACUUAUAAUGCAAAACAGGGUAAACCAGAUCUGCUGGAAUUACAACACAAAAGACACAGCCACUGUGUCAAGUUGCUUGCAUAAAAGGAGGCCCCUUUGGAAAUCACUUAAUUGGGACAAUGAGUUCAUUUACAGCCAGAAAUACGAAGGUCUGUUUCAACUACUGUCUCAGAAGUCUAUAAAAUAUUGCUUGGACGUCUCAACAACCCAAAGGCGCACUGCAUCUGUGAAGCCAAGCAAUCUACUCUCCACAUGCAAGUGGAAUGCAAACCAGUUGUGGAGCUUAAGUCAUGAUGGAACUCUAAUCAACCCCUCCUCUGGUUUGUGUGCAACCAUGGAAUCAGCGAAAGAUUCCGAAAAUGCUGCAGGGGCCCGCUCUUGGAUUGCCACUGGAGCAAGAGGAGAAAUAUAUCUGUCAUUUUUCAAUCUCAAUCAAGGGAGCACAACAAUAUCUGCAAAGAUAGGCGAUUUGUCUAAGGUUCUUAGCAGCAGAUUGCCCACAAACAGCUCAUGCAACUGCCAUGAGGUUUGGAGUGGGAAAGACUAUAGUUUAAUAGAAGGAACAUUGUCAAUUGCGGUCAAUGGGCAUGGCUGUGCCCUCUUUGUAUUGAAAUGCAGUGUUUGAAAAGUUUAGUUCCAUACAGAUAAUGAGAUCCUGGCACUGUAGCGAGGAAUGCUUCCAAUAAUUUAUUUUAUUGUUGACACAAUUUGGAGUUCAGUUCUGUGGGACAAUUCAAA